AUGAUUGUUGAUUGUUAAAAUUCUUGUACUUUUUACAUUAAGUGUGAUAGUAACAUUAGAAAUGCUAAGAUGUUAUUCUCUCAAUUAUGGUACAAAUAGGUUAGCAAUAAAUGCAAAGUCUUAAUGAAGAUCAAAGUUGCUUUUAUUCUAUCUCUUAGUCGUAAAUAAAUCCUACUCAAGUUAACAUUGUCUAUAUACUGCAGUACUGCUUGGCAUCUGGAUUUGAGUGUUUAAUGAAGUGGUAAAAAAAUAUAAAACUAUGUACGGUUCUUGAGAGUUAGCUUGUUUUGGAAGACUUCUCCCCUUUUACUGCACAUCCAUUGCAAAAUGUUAUCACUGUGUUCUUGUUUUGCAUUCACAUCCAAUAAUCCAAAUCAAUUUAACAAUUACAAUAUAAAUGGAAAAGCAAUGAGGAUAAUGUAAUAUUUUGUGUAGAUAAAAUUCUUUAGAUUAUGAUCAUAAUAUUAAGGAUAUGUUAAACAAAUGGGGCUUUUGGUGUUUCAACUUUGUCUUUAGGAAUAAAUAAUUUUUGGCCUUGAAAUAUUUUUAUGUGGAAGAAAGAAAAACGAAAAAACCAUCCUUAUUAUAGAUUUAGCCUCAAUUCAAUGAUAGUGGUCAAUGUCGAUAAUUUGACUCACAGAGUCUCCAGCAGAAAAUGUUCAUUUGUUGAUUGGUGUCUAGGCUUUUGGGAAAAAAUAAUUCAAAUCUAGAUCUGUAAUAGUUACUCUUUAGAGCCAAUGCCAAUGCUUGCUGAAAUAUUUGCUCUUGAUUUGAAUUUAUUCUGUCUAUGAGAACCUUAAGUCAUUUUUCUUUUCCUGACUGAAAUAAGUUGUCAUGGAGUUGGAUUCAUGAGUGGAAGCAUUAGAUAUCUUGAAAAAUAAAAAUUGAAAACUCUUCACAUUUGCAAGAAUUUGACAAAGGUAAAGCAAGUGCAUUUCUGUUAAAUAUUUUUGCUGUUGCUAUUAUCUUUUUACUAAGGACUAAUCAAAAUUCAGUUAAUUAUUCAUCUUGCGAUUAUUGUAGGUGAAUACCUUGUUUUUGCUUUAGAAAAGUUGUGCACAAGUGUUGUAAUGGCUAAAUAUGGCCUGAUUAUGAGAACACGGUUCCAGUUGGAAUUUUUUUUGGUACCAUAGUGUUUUAAGUUAUAUGUACAGUCCUCCAUAUGAGGAAAAUUUCAUAACAAAGGAAAGUAUAAGUACAUUAAUUUACUUGAUAAUUUAUUAGUUUCUUAUGAACGCAAGUUUUGGGUUGAUGCAUAUGCUUUUGCUUAGUUGACAAAGAAACUGCCUUGGCAUUCACAUUAUCAUAAUCUGACUGCAACUUGGCUAAAUUUAGAACGUUAACUAUUGAUAACAAUUUCAUUAUUGGAGAACAAAAAUUAUUAUCAAUCCCCUGUGCUAAUUGUAUCUUACAAAUUGUCAACCAUAUUUAUCGAAAACUGCUUCUAUUGUGGAAAUUCUAAAGCCUGGUUGAUUAAAACAAAAUGAUGUAGCAUUCCAAUGCCAAUGUAUGAACUUUUAUGCUUAUGGUAUGUUAGGUUAGUCUGAUAAUCUCUUUGUGGAACAUUGAAAUAUAUAUGCUGGACUGCA